AUGUUAAGUGAAGCCCAUAAAGCUGCAGAAGAAAUGGUCUACUAUUUUCUAAGCACCCGUCAACCUGGAACAGAUAUUGCAGCAAAACUUUCUAAACAAAUAUCUGAGCAACAAGUUCGCUCAAAAAUGGGGUUAUUAUCUAUUAUUGACACAAUUAUCAGAUUGGGAAUGCGAGGAAUAGCCUUAAGAGGAAAUUGGAUUAAGAAAAGGGGUGAGGAAAAUGGCAAUUUGAUUUUUUUUCUGAACUGGAAAUCAGAAUUUGACAAAACUUUGAAAGAUCAUUUGCAAUAUUCUCCAAGGAAUGCAAAAUUUACAUCUCCUCGCAUCCAAAAUGAAAUCAUUUCAAUAUGCGAGUCCAUAAUUCGAGAGAAAAUAAUUGCCAAAAUACAGACGUAUUGGAGUUUAAUGGCAGAUGAAACAACAGAUGUUUCCUCAACCGAGCAAAUGAGUAUAUGUAUACGAUUUGUAAAUAGCAAAUUGGAAGUAUGCGAAGAGUUCUUGGGCUUUGUCAAGUUAACAAAGAUGGACGCACAGUCCGUCUAUGAUGUUUUGAUUCCAACAUUGGAAGGAUGGGGACUGGAUCUGACUGCUCUUGUUGGACAAGGAUAUGAUGGUGCAUCCGUGAUGAGUGGGAGCAAAAAUGGUCUGCACAAAAAAGUGACUGAUCACUAUCCAAAUGCAGUUUAUAGAUUGCAGCCAACUGGGGUUGAUGACGAAUUAACAGCUUUAUUGACUGAAGCUGAUGAGGAAGAUGAGAAUAAAGAAGACGAAGAUGAAAACGAUAAGGAAAAUCAAGGACAGGUGAACGACGAGGAAAGUAGCAACGAUGAAGAACAAAAAAGCGAUGAAGAUGGAAGCAGUAUUCAGGAUCAUGGCUUUAACAAGUCGAAAAAGGCAAUUUUAAGAGGAACAAAGACAAAAACUGUACCAAAACUUUGUCCUACAAGAUGGAGUUCCAGGGUGGAAACACUUUCAGCACUGUUAGCUAAAUAUUCUUCUGUACUUAAAACACUCGAACAGAUUGCAGACCAAAGUAAUGGGGAACCAAGGGGCAACGCUAAUGCAUAUAUACGCUUAAUGGAAUCUCCUCAAUUCAUCGUGGCUCUCGUUGUAGUACAAUCCAUUUUAGGAUUUACAGCAGAAGUCACCAAAAUAUUGCAAGCAAAAGAAUGCAAUCUUGGAGAAGCAUACGCAGAAGUAAACAGGGCAAAAGAAUGUAUAAGAACUGCACGAGCAGAUGAUUCUUGGAAUAAAGUAUGGGAAAGAAUUCAGACUGUGGGAAACGCUGUUGAAGUUGAAAUUACAAAGCCACGUACUGCAAGAAAUCAGCGCCAUCGCGCAAAUUCUGGUAACGCAAAUCAAACUUGUGAAGAUUAUUACAGAAUUAAUGUCUACUAUCCCUUCAUCGAUCGGGUUGUUGAGGAGAUUGAGACAAGAUUUGCUUUUGAGCACAAGGGAUUGUUAGCUGCCCAAACACUUGUACCAGUCUAUCUGAAGACUCUAACUGUUGCAAAAUUGGACGAUAUAAAAGAGUUCUUUGGAAAGUUUCUUACUUUUACCCAGCUAAGUGGUUUUGAUACGGAAAUUGUACGAUGGAAACAGAAAUUCGUCGAUGUUCCUUUGAAAGAGAAACCAAAGAAUGCGUGUGAUGCUAUAACAAAGUGUGAUGCUGCAUUCUAUCCAGCAAUUAGUAAGAUCCUAACAAUUUUCUUGACAGUUCCUGUUGGAAGUGUGUGUUGUGAAAGGUCAUUUUCAGCACUUAGGCGCCUUAAGUUAUGGACACGAGCGUCAAUGGGUGAAGAACGCUUAAGUGGACUUGCCAUGCUUAUGAUUAAUCAAGAUUCUUCGAAUAUUCCAACCGCAGACGAUGUUUACGCACGAAAAGCAAAAUGGCGCAUAUAA